GCAUUCGGUCCAUUUUCCAUUGCCCAAUUUCAUGCUUGCCGCAAGUAGGCAACUCAUCGAAGAACGCCACAGCCCCACACCGCUCGCAUCGCCGGGCGCCGCAGGGACGGCUGAUCGCUCCGCCGCUCGCAUCGCCGGAGUCUGUACGGCCACUUGUUGGCAAUCUCAUAAUCUGCCCUUUGGCCCUUUCUGCAGCUCUGCUUCUCGCGACUCUCAGGUAUAUUCAGUCCCACAUGGAUGCUCAAAUGCAAGACGUUAUCAGUCCACAAGUAAAAGCAACCCUACAUCUUGGAUCAGAAACAUAUUCUGUUGAGGUGAACAAGGGAAUUGUAUCUGAGCAACUGGUCUCAAUGAAAGAAAAGAGCAUGAGAAUCUUAAAGGACUAUAUCACAAAGCAUAAUGUUCCAAAUGAUGUCCCCGAUGAACCAGAAGAAAAUUCUUCUGAAGAUGAAGAAAAUGAUUCCACUGAGAAGCCUUAUACAAAGUCUAAAAAGAGAAAGUAAAUUCUUAUUUAAGCUAGCUAACAAUAUAUUUUUAGAUGAAUAGACAGGGAACUAUUCUUGAUUGGUUUAUGUUUCUUGUCCACACCGUAUGUGUUAUUAAAAAAUGAAACUUGAUAUAUGAUAUAAAGCCUUCACAUGCUAUCUGCAUUUUGUUUGAGUUUUGGUUGACACCUCUUUCCGUAUCAUCUUCUGUUUCUCUUUGUCUAUUCAGUACAGAUGUUAGGGACAAUUUCUUUCUAUUAGGUAUGUGAAGUUGAAUUCAAUGACUUGAAAAGGUUGAAUUGCAGUUACAAUGGCUCUAAGCUGGGAAUUUUGGUUAGAUGUUGUCAAUUUGCAAAUCUUUGUCUUCUAAUAAAAGCUCUUUAUCAAACUGUGAUAGAUGCUCUAGUCAACCUUACUGUUUCA